UAAUUUUUGGCUGGCGUACAACCAGAUGGGACAGGAUUUGUCAAAUAUUCAGAUCGGCCCGGCGCAGUACGCGUGCCCGAACCCGAAUUGCAAUAGAGUUUUUAGCAAAAAGUACAAUCGCAAUGCCCAUGUUAAUUUAUACUGCGGCAAGCCGCCGAGAUUCAAGUGCCCGCACUGCGAUUACAAAUCGCUGCUCAAGAGAAAUAUUAAAGAUCAUGCGCACAGAAUUCAUUCGGAUGUUAAUGUUGAGGUUAUUGAGCUCUAUAACCCCGCAGAAUUAGAAAAUUCUAGUAGAAAUGUCUCUUUGAAUAAUGUUGUGCAAUCAAAUGAGACAGCUGAAACGUUGUGCGAACCGGAUGUAAAACCUCUUUUGCUACUGCAAAAACCAAAACUUGAAUAAAUUGAUGUAGCAAACUAAUAAAUGUGAUACUUUUGUUACUUUUACUGCACAUCCAUAAUUACAUUAAAAGACUACUGAACUUAAUUUAUUCUAGUUGCGCAUCUUUAAGUUAUUUUACAUUUAAAAAAAUCUCAUUAAUCUUAAUAUUAAUCUCAAGUUUUCAUUAAAAAAUUUUCAGUUUUUUUUUAAAUUCAAAUUAUUAAUCGACUUACUGAAAGUGAGCGAAUUUUUUUUUAAGUUUUUGAGUUCUGCCAAAAAUUUUAUGUAAGAUUUAAACUAUAAAGUUAAUUUAUGGUUUAAA